AAAGAAGAAGAAAAAGAAGAGGAGGAAGAAGAAGAACAAACAGAAGAAGAAGGAGAGGAGGAGGAGGAGGCGUUCUCCAGCUCUGAUAGUGAUACUACUGCUGCUGACAGCUUCACUCCAGCAUGGAGACGUGAGGAGGAAUGUAGGGGAGGAUUAUCUCUCCCACACGACCCAGCUCUAAUCUCUGCACACUCACACACACCUUGUGUCUCGUAAAAGACCUUUGGCAUGUGGAUUAUUGACUUUGUAGCUUCAGGAGGGCAGCCAUGUUUGAAGUUCUGCAGCAGUGGAGUCAUAUAACAGAGCAUUUCCAACACUUUGCCUCAUUUUUAGGUCGACUUUUGAUGAAAGUCUGGGGUGUUGUUGUUGCUCUCCCUGCAGCAGAAGAAGAUUCACGUUGUAGCUCAGCUAUCACUCUAGUGAUGGAAGCAGGAAGUGCUUGAUUUGGUCACAUCUGGUACAUUUUUAGAGCAACGCUUAUGUGAAAUCUGGUUGGAAUUGCGGCUAUUAAUCCUGGUGCUUCAAAUUCCUUAUCAAUCAGACUUUAUUAUGGUUGUUAAAGUGUGGUAGAAUGCAGCCCCACACUUCCCAUGCGACCAAGCUAAUAUCAAAGCUCUGAGGAGUUUUUACAUUUAGCAAUUUUUUUGCGUUGGACUUUUGUGCGAGCUUAAACUUUUAGUUUCUUUAUAAUGAGACUUGUUUACAUGACUUCAGUUGUCAUAUAAAGAAAAGGUCUUCUAUUAUCUCUGAAGCCUAUAAAAAAUGCAAUAGUUUGGUCAGACUUUAGGUUUGUCAGGCUACUAUCAUCGCCUUGUGUAUUGCUUUUUAGCUCUUUAUCUAGAAACCCUUAUUAUAAUACUUUUUAAGCAUACUUCAAGUGAAAUUAGAAGUACUUUUAGUGCAUGUUGGAACUCUUUAAAUGCAUUUUCAAGCCCCUAUCACAGGCUUUCUUGGUUGUAGUGUAGCUUGCAAGAAGUUCUUAAAAUAAGAGAUUUUUGCAUCGGACUCUGGUGCUGUUUUUGCUUUUUUUCAUGCAGCUUAUGGUAUGACGAUCCAACCACACAAUAAUGUGCUUUAACACUUUUGAAAGUAUGACAAUAUAGACUUAAUUAGAUUGAUCCAUUUCUGCCUUAGACCUCAGCGUGAACUUUAACUUGUACCUCUUUAUCACUGAGAUUCUUUCAUACGACUAAAAUUGUAUUUUGGCUAGAAAGAAGAGUAACCGCGUUAUAUUUAAGGCACAUAAAAGUGAAUUAUUUUUUUAAGAGUUUUUGUAAAGCCAUGCAAACAUCUCAGCUCUGCAGAGUUCUUAAAUUGAGUGAUUAAUGCACUGGACAGCUGUGCAGCCGCCUUCUUCUAACUUUAUUAAGGAGCCCUCAUUAGUACACUUUAGGUGCAUACUUUGAGUGAAGUUUGACCCUAUUUAAAUGCAUUUUUAAGCCCUUUAUCACAUGCUUUCUUGUUGUACCAUAGCUUGAGAGAAGCUCUCAACAGUAGUGAUUUUUGCACUGGAUCCUGCAGAUUUCUGUAGAGUAAUUUGACUCAACAAUAAAUGAUGUAGUGAGACUCAGUGGUUUUGGUGCUGUUUUCCUGUUUUUACUCUUUUUUUUUUUUCCACCACCACGUUUCAAGUGAAGAACUUUUGUUACACAUUGAAAUGCACCAAGCCCAGAAAACUGCAACUAAACUUCAUUUAUAUGAGAUUUUCUGCACUUUUCUGUUGAUAUCGAAGCAUGAUAGCAGUUCCUAAGUUAGCUGUUUAGCUGUGGACACUUGUGUCAGCCUUUGCUUUUUUGCUUUUUAUCAAGGAGCUCUCAUUAUGAUGCUUAAAGUUCGUACUCUGAGUAUGAAAGUGCAUUCCUUGUGGUUUAAAAGCCCCAAAGAGGCAGAUUUGUGAUAAUUUCCAAUGCAGCUUUCAUUAUAAUACUCAAGCUUCUGUUUUAAGUGUAAAGAAAGUAGCUAGAGAACUUUUUAGGACUAUUGGAGUAUCAGGAGUUUUGACAUGCAGCAUUCUCUUACAUCACAUUUCUUUGUAAAUAAGCCUUUCAUCAUGAUAAAAGGGGAUAUUUACAGCUGUUGAAGCUUCAUAACUUGACUGUUGUAAUGUCUGACAAGAGCACUUAAAGGAAAAAUUUCUGAAUAUUUUGGACUUUGUGGAUUUUUACAACUUCUGCAGAGCUACAAGAUUCCCGCUCAGGAUGUAGAACGGUAUGACAGCAGAAAAAUGGACCACAUUUACGUCAUGGAUCCAGACCUGGGAUUAAACCCUGACUUGAUGGGACAUGGAGCUGGGCCUGCGGCGUGUGCUGGAGUGGAAACCACAGAGGAGAUACAAAGAGAAGAAGAACACUCACUCCAAGGACACGAUGGAGAUUUCAGCUCUGCCUCCUCCUCGUCUAACUCCUCCUUACCCUCCUCGGCCUCCUCCGUCUACCCGGUGUUCCUCUCACCGCCUCCGAUCCGUGUGGAGGAGGAGAAGGAGGGGCUGACCGGCUGCUCCAAGUCUUUCACUGCACUGAAGAUCUUCACCAGGAGGAAAGCGAUCGCUAAAUCGGGCCUUCACCAUCUGCCAUGCCAGCCAAGCACAUCAUCUCUGAACAGAGCUGACCCUGAGGCGAACAUCCGCAGCACUCUGGACUGGACCGACUCGGCUCUGUACGGAGAUCAUAUCUGGUUUGAGACGAAUGUCUCCGGGGAUUAUUGCUAUGUAGGAGAGUACUGUAUUGCCAGAGCACAGCAAAAGUCUGUCAGCAGAAGAAAAUGUGCUGCCUGUAAGAUCGUCGCUCACACCAUCUGUAUAGAACAACUAGAGAAGAUUAACUUCAGGUGUAAACCGUCGUUCAGAGAAUCAGGCUCAAGGAACAUCCGAGAGCCUAUAGUCGUGCGUCAUCACUGGGUGCAUCGGAGGAGACAAGAGGGGAAAUGUAAACAGUGUGGAAAGGGUUUUCAGCAGAAGUUUGCCUUUCACAGCAAAGAGAUCGUGGCUAUCAGCUGCUCAUGGUGCAAACAGGCUUACCACAACAAGUUGUCCUGCUUCAUGCUGCAGCAGAUUGAGGAAGCUUGUCCAAUAGGAGCUCAUGCUGCUCUCAUAGUCCCGCCCACUUGGAUUAUACGGGUCAGACGACAUCAGUCGUCCAUGAAGUCAAGUAAGAAGAAAAAGAGGACAUCUUUCAAGAGGAAAAGCAGCAAGAAAGGAGCAGAGGAAGGACGUCUGUGGAAGCCAUUUAUAAUCCGACCAAUCCCUUCACCUUUAAUGAAACCACUUCUGGUGUUUGUUAACCCUAAAAGUGGAGGAAACCAGGGCACAAAGAUCCUGCAAUCGUUCAUGUGGUAUCUGAACCCCAGACAGGUGUUCGACCUGAGCCAAGGAGGACCAACUGAAGGGCUGGAGCUGUAUCGCAAAGUCCACAACCUGAGGAUCCUUGCCUGUGGAGGAGACGGCACUGUGGGCUGGAUCCUGUCUUGUCUUGAUGAACUCGGAUUAAACCCUCAACCUCCUGUCGCUGUGCUACCUCUGGGGACGGGAAACGACCUCGCCAGGACCCUGAACUGGGGAGGGGGCUACACGGACGAACCUCUGUCCAAGAUCUUGUCCCAUGUCGAAGAUGGAACUGUGGUGCAGUUAGACAGGUGGAAUCUACAGGUUGAACCAAACCAGAAUGCAGGGGUUGAACCCGAUGAACAGCAAACAGAUAAGCUUCCUUUGGAUGUUUUCAACAAUUACUUCAGUCUGGGAUUUGACGCUCAUGUGACACUGGAAUUCCAUGAAUCAAGAGAGGCAAACCCAGAGAAAUUCAACAGCCGCUUCAGGAAUAAGAUGUUCUACGCUGGGACGGCGUUCUCUGAUUUCCUGAUGGGGAGCUCCAAAGAUCUGUCGAAGCACAUCAAAGUUGUGUGUGAUGGCACAGAUUUGACGUCAAAGGUUCAGGACUUGAAACUGCAGUGUUUGGUCUUCCUCAACAUCCCCAGGUAUUGUGCAGGCACCACACCUUGGGGAAAUCCUGGAGAGCAUCACGACUUUGAGCCACAGCGGCACGACGACGGAUACAUCGAGGUUAUCGGAUUCACAAUGACGUCGCUGGCUACGCUGCAGGUCGGAGGUCACGGCGAGAGGUUGAAUCAGUGCAGAGAGGUCACGCUGACCACCACAAAACCUCUCCCAGUGCAGGUGGAUGGAGAACCGUGCAGACUGGCUCCAUCUGUCAUCCACAUCAGCCUCAGGAACCAGGCCAACAUGGUGCAGAAGACCAAACGCCGGACGUCACUGCCUCACAUGAACGAUCAGCAGCCAGUCCCUGAGCGUCUGAGGAUCCGAGUCAGCAGGAUCAGCAUGACCGACUACGAGGCUCUGCACUACGACAAGGACAAACUACGGCAAGCAUCCAUUCCUCUGGGCCUGAUCGUGGUUCCUGGUGACAGCGACUUAGAGACGUGCAGAGAGCACAUCCAGCGUCUGCAAGAGGAGGAAGCAGCCAAACCAAAGAUCGUGUCCUCGCAGAGAUUGUCUCCAAAGUGGUGUUUCCUUGACUCAACGACAGCGGAUCGUUUCUACAGGAUCGACCGAGCCCAGGAACAUCUGAACUAUGUAUCAGAAAUCUCCCAGGAGGAGAUCUUCAUCCUGGAUCCUGAGCUGGUUGUUAUGACGACAGUUGGCACCUCCCCCUCUGCCAUGCCGGACCUGGUUAACCCCGCCUCAAGCAUGGAAAACAUCAGUUCCUCCCAGAGGCAGCGAGUGAACAGCGACAGCUCUGCAGCCGACGCUUUAGCCCACGACGCAGCACCUUUGCCCAGCAAACUCACCAGGGCCGGAUGCAUCCACCGCUCAAACACCACUGCUGCUGACUUUAGACCAAAACUGAGGACGGAGAAGAAUCAGAAAACGAGCGAAACGGAGAGGGAGAAAGAAAAAGAGCUGCUGAUUGAGUGUGUGAAGAACAAAGACUUGAAGAAGCUGCAGGAGCUGCACCUGAAGGGUGCUGACCUCACCUGUCUGGAUUUGUCAGGGUGCAGUUUACUUCAUCACGCCGUCAGCGCAGGAAGCAAGGAAAUUGUCCGCUACAUCCUCGACAACGCUCCAAGUGACCUGCUGGACAUCACAGAGAAACAACAGGGGGAGACGGUCCUUCAUCGAGCAGCAUCUCUGUGUCAAAGAACCAUCUGUCAUUAUCUGGUGGAGGCGGGAGCCUCGCUCAUGAAAACUGACCUGCAGGGCGACACUCCUAAAAAUCGAGCUGAGAAGUCACAUGACGCUGAGCUGGCGGCGUAUCUGGAGAACAGACAGCACUACCAGAUGAUCCAGAGGGAGGACCAGGAGACCGCCGUCUGAUACACGAGCGUCUAAAAACAACCGUCUGGACUUUUUAGGACGGAGAACCAGCCAAGGUCUUUGUCGCCGUCAUGAGACUGACUGAAAAAUGGUGUUCAGGGCGCUGUGAUGGGAGGACUGGUCAGAUCCCAGUUUACUGAGGGUUCUCAGAAAGAAGCUGUGCCAAACAGGAAGUUGAAUCAAGAUUACAGCGAACAGAGACACUAGUUUAGAGUUGGAUCGUGUUCAUCAAGUCAUUCCUUCAACUUUGAAAAGCUCUGAAAUGAAAUGUGACAGAAAUCAAGAAAACAAAAAUGACUUUCGGAAACUCAGAUUCUUGUUUCUGACUCUGGGAGUGAACUUCACAUUUCUUCAUGAGGAUUUCAUAUCAAACGAUUCCAGGAACUCCACUGUCCCGUCCAAUAAUCGUCAAAGUAAUGAGAUGGUUCUGUGGUUUGUCUUGUUUAGAUUGAGAGAGAUAUUUAUGUCAUGGUCUGAACUCAGGAAAAUGUCAAAAAUAAAGAGCAGAGCCCAGCUGUAAAGCUGCCGGGUCAUCGCAGGCUCUUCUUACUCCAAAUCGAAGAAUUAGGGUGUCCUGGUCAGUGGCCCUUAGAUGGGGAAAUAAAGACCAUAGAGGAAAGAUUACGUUGUAUCUGCAAAUACCUAUUUUAUCAGCCAAAAAGUUAGCGUCACUCUGCAAUCCUUUCUCCCUCAUCAGGGCGAGCAGAAGGUUUACUGUUAAAUGAAAUAAAAAGCUACUUUUAUUGAAAAAAAUCCUCAUUUAAAGACAAAAAGUUACAAGUGGAAGCUGGCAGAGUGAAAGAUCUGAAUAAACCCACACUGGACAGUUUUUCUCCAACCCACCCACACAGUUUAGGUGCAAAAAAAGCCAAAUUGCCACAUUAACAUGAUAUUUUUGCAGCUUUUUAGACUAUUUUAUACUCAUUUGCUGAAGAGUGAAUGAAAAAAAAAAGGUGGCAUUAGUGCUAAGUGAUCUUUACUAGCAUAAGCUGACUCUAUUUUAUAAUAAAGAUUUCAUUUAUUCACCUUAUGAAAUGCUAUAAAAUGAAACAUUUUCUUGUUACCAGGGGAAAAGAAAACUAUUAAAGUAACUGGAUAUUGUAAAUAUUAACUUUAAUUAUUAACCAAAAGUAAAAGUGAUGCUUUGUCCCUAAAUCAUCCUAUGAAGAAGUGCUGGGCUGCUGAACAAGCUGCUGUUUUUGACACAUUUGGAGUGAGAGCAGUCCGUUAAACAAUCAGAAACUAAGGCGUAAAGCCCUUCUUCCUUCUUUUUUGAUGUUGAUAUUAUGAGCUGAAUUCAUUCACUGAGGAGAAAAAGAAGUCCAACGAUAAAAGAACAAGUCUGAAGACAGUAGAAGGAGAUAAAUAGAGUGGUGCAGGAAGUGAGUUAGCAUUUUAGCACCUCCGGUUCCCUCAUCUGAAAGUCUAUAGUUUUUUUGUUAAAUACCUGAAAUGAGUUCUAUGGUGAACACAAGCUCAAGAACGUUUAACGUUUUUUCUACAACAUAAAAUACAUGCCCCACCUUUGAAAUGUGUCUUUUUGCAUCUUAAUAAAGGCGGUCGCUAAAGGACAGCUAACAAGGACUACAGCUUUUGUCAGGAAGACUUUAUGUCAUCAUCCGAAGCACGGCAACUGAGCCUGCCGUUCAGUUUUAUCUGCAGGUGAUGACGUUAAAUUCAGUUUGCUGUGUUAUAGUUCAAUAUAGCAUGAUGUUAGCUUUUUACUAUAGUCAGUUAGAUUAACGAACCUGAUAUGAUGCUUAUAUUAUCACCUUAUGAAGAUUAUCUUUAUGAACAAAACGUCUAAGUUUCAUUAACUUUUAUUGGACACAGAGCUUAUUUUCAGCAAUAAUCCAAAAACCCAUUAAAAAAUCCCAUAGGCUUGAUGUUGAGGGAACCCACGCGAUGCAAACUUACGGGUUUCCCUUCAAAAUUACGUCACGACUGCAACACUUUUUGCCGUCUAACUGCAUUAGACAAAAGGUAUUGGUUGUUUGCAGUCACAUGAUCCUGAUGGCACACAGGUCAGAUGGAGGCAGGAAGUGAAAAGUAGAGGCUAGGACCUGCAGGCUGCAGUUAUAAUUAGAAAAGUUGUGCAUACGUCGGCUAUGAUCCUGACAGCUUAGAAAGAAGAGAUCAAUAUUAGUCUUGCAGACCUCCUACUGCAUGUCUAGUCAGAUGAAAGGAGACAAGAGUUUAUUUUUCCUUGCACAAGACGUGAAGUUGAGAGCCUGAUCAAAUUCUGCUUUUUUACUGAGACAGAUCAAUCAGGAAAUCCUUGUGAUUUUAGCCUAGAAUUAUUAUGUUAUCACGCAUCUGGAUUUAGAAAAGACAAUUCUGUGAACUGGGCCUAUCUAACCACUGUUAUGUUGUAAAUGUAUGACUUUCUAAAUUCUCAAAAUUUAAGAGUUUAUAAGUCAAAAUUUACAGUUUUUAAAUUAAAGAACUUCUCGUUUUUAUUUCAAAUGUUGAGUUAUUCCCCCAAACAUUAACAGAUCCCCCUUUUUUUUCUUUUUAGAGUGACUUUAUAGGGUUAGUGUGUCCAAAGAUGGCUUUUUUCGCAAAGGCAGAGCUUUUUUUUGGAAAUUAUAAAUGAACCUUAUCCAGCUUCCUGACUGCUCAGAGCCCUGGGUGGGAAAAGCGCACUCAGCAUUAGCUGUUUCUGUCACGGCGCUUAACGCCCUCUCAGUUUAAAACCAUUCAACUUCUGGACAGUGCUGCGCUCGUCAGUGUCACUUCUCCCUCACCUUUCAAUCAAAAUCAAAAAGGGGUGGGGCUUCUGACAGUAGCCGAAGAGAAACCGAUCUGAUUAGUCUUUCUUCGUCGUUUUUCAAGGGUAGUUUUCAGGUGUGCAGCUGCUGCCUGUAUAAAAACAGUGAUAUUACAAAAAUAUGAACCAAACAGAAAUUUUUUCAGAAUGUUACAGAUUCUACCAAAGAAGGCAGGGUUCAUAUUUUUGUAACAUAAGCGCUGGCGAGAAGCGCUCUGGAAUUUAGAUGUUGAUUGAUGCAAAUGCAAAUGCAAAAAAAAAAAGUCAGCAAUGGACACACAGCCAUAGUCUGAGGUAAAAAAGCCAGACUGGUACCAAAUGCAAAGCAAUUUAGGAGCCAAAAGACCAGCUCUUGUUCCAGAGCUAAGCCAAAUGAUCCAGAUCUCUUAAAAGAGAUAGUUGGACGUUGGCUAUGGAAACGCAAGAAAGAUCAGGGUUUAUUGUGACAAACUGGACUGAACUAAACUGACCAUAUGUGAGCGUUGUCUGACUGCCCCUCCAGUUCAUAGAUGGAUGGUCUGCCGCCUUGUUUCAGUCAGCUUCUUAAACUGUUUUGCCUAAAUGUGUUACUACAUUCAGGACUCAAAAGUAUCCCAAUGUCUUUUCCCAAUGUGAGCAGAUGUCACAGCUGUAAAGAGCACUAACUUUGGCAUUUUGAUAGCAUGUCUCUAUGUAGAAACCUCUUCCUGCCUCCCAUCUUAUCUGUCACGGUUUAGGAUGUAAACUACAAACAUGGCAACACUCGAUGGGGUUGCAGCUCUGUUACAAAACUGGUGGUCUGAACACCAUCAGUUCUGUUUUUUACAUUUUUCUCAUGGGUGGAACAGCCUAGUGUUAUAGAUAAUUAACGACCAUUUUAACUGACUUUGAGCAGACUGUCCCCGUAGAUAUCGUCAUUACAGCAGCAGAGAGUAUGAUGGUGUGUUUCAUUUAUAUCAGAGGUUGGAUGUUUUUAACUGGCACUGACCUGCGUUUCGGACAGAAAUUCGACUUCAGGGGGUGUUCAUGAUAUCCUACUGAUAUUUCUGGAUUUCCAGCUUCUGGCAUCAAAUAAAACAGCAUAUAUCUCAGGAUUUAGGAUCUAUCCUCUGGAGCUCAUAAUCUCCAGUUAAUCCAUGGAAAUGAAACUAUGAAGCCUUUUGGACCAAAAAACAGACAGCUUGAGUUUCAGUCAUGAGAAUUGUUAAUAUGACAUCACGUUUGGACCAGAGUUUAGUAAAGACCAACAAAUCUUUUGAUAACAGCUCUGAAAAAUCAUUAUUGCCAUCCUGUUGUCCUGAUACUUUCUUUAUCCAUGUUCAAUAUUUCAACCGUUCUGACAAUGAUGAUCAUCGGCAUGUUGGAAAACAAAGUUUGAUUUUCUGGUGCCUGUUUUUUAAAGGUUUGAGGGGAAUCUGAAGAAUCCAAAAUGUUUCAAUCAUAAAAUAUCAUUCUAGCAGUAUUUAAAUUAAUCAUUCACAGAAGGGUUUGAAGAAACUGUAAUUAUUUUGUUGUGUAAAAGAUUUUAAAAAUGACCAAAUGUUAAUGUGAUUAUUUUGUGAAAGUGGGGUUUUUAUUUAGCAUGGUUUUAUUAAAUUAGAUCAAAUUUACAGUGUGUGAAUCUAAAUUAAAAAAGUUACCUGUUUUAUUGAUAUUUUGUUCAAGUUAAGGAAAAUCAAGACAUGUUUGAUUCUAUUUUGUUUUUUAUCAUUUAUUUAAAUGUACAAAUGAAUCAUAAGAGCUCGACUUGGAACAGUGUGAGCCUGACAGUUUGAAAUGUGCAGAGGGGAACAUUUGUGGAGUCAAACAUUAAAAUAAAACGUCUCUUUUA